AUGAUGAGAGUGAGCGCUCCGGAUUACACUCCCAAGGGCAUGCAGAUGCAGCAGAUGCAGUAUGGUCAGCAGCAGCAGCCAGGAGGCGGCGGCGGCGGCGGCGGCGGCGGCAGCGGCUGCUGCUGCUGCGAUGGGCAUGGCAAUGCCGGCUUAUUCAAUGGGGCAGGCGCCGCAUUACGCGUAUGCGAGCACCGAGCGAUGGGCAUGGCGAUGCCAGCGUAUUCCAUGGGGCAGGCGCCGCACUAUGCUUAUGCAAGCACGGAGGUCACUUGGGUGCCAGUGCUGACGCCAGGGGGAGUGGGAGCGGCGCAGCUAGCAGCAGGGGGAUACGGACAGCCGUUUAUAGCAGCGGUGGAUCCCUCCAACCCCACUGCCGCGCUCUACUAUACGCCUGCUUCCGCUGCGGGGCAACAGGCUGCUGUGUACGCCGCUGGGGGCAGUGCUCCUGUUGACAUCACAGCAUCUAUUGCCUCUGCAGCAGCGCUUUGGAAACCACCACAGCAGCAGCAGCUGCCAUCUGCAACAGUCACAGAAGUGCUCCCUGGCGAUCAGGAAUACCACCCGCCUCAGCAGCAGUAA